CAAAAAAUUUAAGAGAAAAGUAACAUCUAAGUUGCAAACUGCCAACUUAACGACAAAAAAAUAAUAAAGUUUCUCAAUUGAAUAAACCCAUUCUAAUGAUCAAGACACGUUUUCUCUCUCCUCCCAAUCCAAAAUUCCAGAUGGAUCAUCACUAAAAUCACCCCAAAUUUUCAAGAAUCCUUCAGACUCAUCCCAUCUUUCUCACUUUGUUCAAGCUCGCAAUAAAUACCCACAUCCAUUUUCGCAUAGCAUCGGUCAUACUUACAGUAUGAUUCGAAGUAUAAAACCCCAAAUUGGGUUUCAAUUGAUAAUAUUUUUUUUAGGGGUAGGGUUCUGUUUCGAUUCGGGUUUUGCAAUUAAAGUACCUUUUAGGGUUAAUGACGUUCUCCCUGUUUUACCCCGUCAAAUAUCAUGGCCUGUUCUUAAUAAUCUUCAUAGUGCAGUUGAUUUAAUGCCUUCUUAUGUGGGUUCAGUUACUCCUCAAAAUAAUGAGUCAAUUCAGUGGAAAGGUACUUGCUUUUUUGAGAACUCUGCGCGUCUUGAGUUCACUGAAAAUGAUGAUGAUAAGGGUGGUAUAGGUGGUGGUCUUCUUCACCUUAAGACUUCUUCAGCCCACAGUUGGACCUGUAUGGAUCUUUAUGUUUUUGCGACUCCCUACAGAGUUACUUGGGAUUAUUACUUUUCCUCUAGUGAACAUACAUUAAAAAUUGAUUCUUGGGAAGAAGCUGCUGAGUUGGAAUAUGUAAAGCAACAUGGGAUAUCUGUGUUCCUAAUGCCAUCUGGAAUGCUUGGGACUUUUCUUUCUUUGGUGGAUGUUUUGCCUCUAUUUUCUAAUUCUGGUUGGGGUCAGCGUGCUAACCUAGCGUUUCUUGAGAAGCACAUGGGUGCAAUAUUUGAGAAGCGUCCUCAGCCUUGGCAGACCAUUAUUAAUCCUCAGGACGUCCAUUCUGGGGAUUUUCUAGCCGUUUCAAAGAUCCGUGGUCGUUGGGGUGGAUUUGAGACGCUGGAGAAAUGGGUCACAGGUGCAUUUGCUGGUCAUACGGCUGUUUGCUUGAAAGAUGAGCAUGGUAAUCUUUGGGUUGGGGAAUCAGGGCAUGAGAAUGAGAAGGGUGAAGAAAUUAUUGCAAUCGUUCCUUGGGAUGAAUGGUGGGAACUUGCACUGAAGGAUGAUUCCAACCCACAGAUAGCGUUGUUACCUUUGCAUCCUGAUGUGCGUGCAAAGUUCAACUCAACCGCCGCUUGGGAAUUUGCUCGAAGAAUGUCCGGAAAACCAUAUGGCUACCACAAUAUGAUAUUUAGUUGGAUUGAUACCAUAGGCGACAACUUUCCGCCGCCUCUUGAUGCUCACUUGGUCAUUUCUGUCAUGUCUAUGUGGACUAGAGUACAGCCAGCAUAUGCAGCAAAUAUGUGGAAUGAAGCUUUAAAUAAGAGACUUGGAACUGAGGGCUUGGAUUUGCUUGAAAUUCUUCAAGAGAUUGAGAACCGAGGCAUAGCAUUUGAGCAGUUGCUAACCGUCCCAGAACAAGAUGAAUGGAUAUACAGUGACGGUAAAUCCACAACAUGCGUAGCCUUUAUCCUUGCUAUGUAUAAAGAAGCAGGAGUUUUUCUUCCCUUGUAUGAUUCCAUCCAAGUAACAGAAUUUACGAUCCGUGAUGCCUAUAUGCUGAAAAUAUACGAGAACAAUGUAACACGCUUGCCAAGCUGGUGUAACACUGAGAAUAGUCGGGUUCCAUUUUGCCAGAUUCUAGGGGAGUUCCGCAUGGAGCUGCCCGAGUACAACACCAUAGAGCCAUAUGCCAACAUGAAUGAAAAUUGCCCCUCCUUGCCUCCUCAUUAUCAGAGGCCUCUAAAAUGUUGAUUGAUUUAAGCUAUGUAUUUUGUUAAAUAUGUACCACUUAUGCAGCAUUUUUUAAGUAACAAUCAAUCGCCUUGUUAGUUUUGUAAUUUGUACAUAUAUUUCAUAUCAGAGCCACUUGACAAAAGUA